AUGGAGUCGAUACCCAGGCAUGUCGUCCGUAAGAGAACAGUAAAUUCACCAAAGCGGCUCUAAGAGGUCGGGGCAGGAUACUACGCCGCGGCUGUUUGUGCGCGAUGGAAUGGCGAACUUACCAAAGGGGCUCAGCAGCAUCUUUACCAUAUCGAGGCUAUUAGGAUUGAUGCCGGUGACCUCCGCAUUUACUGUUUCUAAAAGAUGGUUCAUCAUAAGUAUCAUUAUUUAUUUGCCACUGUCAUUGUUCGACCUCGCUCAUUUAUUCAUCAUGUAUACGAAUUUGCCAGAAAGCUACGAUAAUUUUAAAAAAUUCAUAAUUGUAAUGAGCGGUAUUUACUGUAACAUUUCCACGCUUUGCUACUUACUGACAUUGAUUCUAAAAAUCAAUAUAUUGAAACAGGUACUUUUAAAAAUGGAGAAGUUGGAGGGUAAGGAAGAGAAAAUAUUGAAUCUGUCAAUGAUAUGGUUUACAUUUCUUGAUUUUUACCUGGUUUUUAAUACUGUCACAAUGUUUGGGAUUUUCACAACACUCUACUGUAAUAAUUUUAAAAUAAUUUUCAAAAUGAUUUGUCAUAUCGUACAGUACUUUCGUAGCAUUAUGAUAAUUUAUCUGUAUUGUCUCAUAACCCGAUUCGCUGGUAGUGCCGUCGGACAGCUAAAGAAAACGCUCCGUCCGUCUGUGCAUCAAGUCCUUUGCAAACUACGAGGAUUUAACGAAACGGUGCUGUUAAUACAGUUGAAUAACGAGUUCUUCUCUUGUCAAACGUUGUUGAUCGCGGUACGAAGUGUAGUUAUGUCAACGUUACGUUUGUACAAGAUUUUUUACAUGUAUCGCAAUAAUUGGGAAUUCAAUGCGCUACAGGUAACAUUGGAAAUAUUAGACCCCAUUGGAACUAUCGUGUGGUUACUGGCGUAUUCUGCAAGUGUAUCUUAUUUCAUGAAUUCAGUAAGUAUAUGUUAUAAAGAAUACAUAUGA